ACGAGCGGGGGGAGAAGACAAACGGAACGCGGCCGCAGUCGAGGCUCUCUGUAGCUCUCUCUUACCUCCUGUUUCUCGUUUUCCCAUUAAUACUCUGCCUCCGUUAUUCGUUAUUUUCUUGAAUAGCGACAUUUUGUGAAAUAUUUAUUAAAAUAUCGUUAACAAGAAGGCAAAAAAACAUGAGUGUCGAGGCGUAUGGGCCGAGUUCGCAGACUCUAACGUUCCUGGACACCGAGGAAGCCGAGCUGCUGGGAGCGGACACCCAGGGCUCCGAGUACGACUUCACCGACUUCACCCUGCCGAGCCAGACCCAGACCCAGGGCCAAACCCAGAGUCAGCUGGACAGCCAGGUUAAUGGUCCUGACGGGGUGUUGCAGAAUGGAGACGACCCUGUGGUUAAAGCCAGUCAGUUGUUGGCGGAGUUGAACUUUGAGGAGGAUGAGGAGGACACCUACUAUACCAAGGAUCUUCCUGUGCAUGCCUGCAGUUACUGUGGGAUUCAUGAUCCAGCCUGUGUGGUCUACUGCAACACCAGCAAGAAGUGGUUUUGCAACGGCCGUGGAAACACAUCUGGCAGCCACAUUGUAAACCAUCUGGUAAGAGCAAAGUCCAAGGAGGUGACCCUGCAUAAAGACGGCCCUCUGGGGGAAACUGUGCUGGAGUGCUACAACUGUGGCUGUCGCAACGUCUUCCUGCUGGGCUUCAUCCCUGCAAAGGCCGACUCAGUAGUGGUGUUACUGUGCAGGCAGCCAUGCGCCAGCCAGAGCAGCUUGAAAGACAUCAACUGGGACAGCUCGCAGUGGCAGCCUCUCAUUCAGGACCGCUGCUUCCUGUCCUGGCUGGUCAAAAUCCCGUCAGAGCAGGAGCAGCUCAGGGCCCGCCAGAUCACUGCUCAGCAAAUCAACAAGCUCGAGGAACUCUGGAAGGAAAAUCCUACAGCAACCUUGGAGGACCUGGAGAAGCCUGGUGUGGAUGAGGAGCCCCAACACGUCCUGCUCCGCUAUGAGGAUGCCUACCAAUACCAGAACAUCUUUGGUCCUCUGGUGAAGCUGGAGGCUGACUAUGAUAAGAAACUCAAAGAGUCCCAGACUCAAGACAACAUUACAGUCAGAUGGGACUUGGGUCUGAACAAAAAGAGGAUUGCUUAUUUCACCCUCCCCAAGACAGACUCAGAUAUGCGACUGAUGCAGGGAGAUGAAAUUUGCCUGAGGUACAAAGGAGACCUGGCUCCUCCAUGGAAAGGCAUUGGACAUGUCAUCAAAGUCCCUGAUAACUAUGGUGAUGAGAUCGCCAUAGAGCUGAGGAGCAGUGCCGGGGCUCCAGUGGAGAUCCCACACAACUUUCAGGUCGACUUUGUGUGGAAGUCCACUUCCUUUGACAGGAUGCAGAGUGCCCUGAAGACAUUUGCUGUGGAUGAGACGUCAGUGUCUGGUUACAUCUACCACAAACUGCUGGGACAUGAGGUAGAGGACGUGGUCAUCAAGUGUCAGCUGCCCAAACGCUUCACUGCCCAGGGACUACCUGACCUCAACCACUCCCAGGUGUAUGCUGUAAAGACGGUGCUGCAGCGUCCCCUCAGUCUGAUCCAGGGUCCUCCUGGCACAGGGAAGACGGUGACCUCUGCCACUAUCGUGUAUCACCUGGCUAGACAGGGCAAUGGGCCGGUGCUGGUGUGUGCUCCCAGUAACAUUGCCGUUGACCAGCUGACAGAGAAGAUCCACCAGACUGGACUUAAAGUGGUGAGGCUGUGUGCCAAGAGCAGGGAGGCCAUCGACUCUCCUGUGUCCUUCCUGGCUCUGCAUAACCAGACCCGCAACAUGGACAGUAUGCCAGAACUUCAGAAGCUCCAACAGCUGAAGGACGAGACUGGAGAGCUGUCCUCCUCAGACGAGAAGCGCUACAGGGCUCUGAGACGCACUGCUGAGAGGGAGCUGCUUAUGAAUGCAGAUGUGAUCUGCUGCACUUGUGUCGGGGCGGGGGAUCCUCGUCUGGCCAAGAUGCAGUUUAGAUCAAUCCUGAUUGAUGAGAGCACCCAGGCCACUGAACCCGAGUGCAUGGUGCCUGUCGUCCUGGGGGCCAAGCAGCUGAUCCUGGUGGGUGACCACUGCCAGCUGGGCCCUGUGGUGAUGUGUAAGAAGGCAGCUAAAGCAGGUCUUUCCCAGUCUCUGUUUGAGCGUCUGGUAGUUUUGGGGAUCCGGCCAAUUCGUUUGCAGGUCCAGUACCGCAUGCACCCGGCCCUCAGCGCCUUCCCCUCCAACAUCUUCUAUGAGGGCUCUCUGCAGAACGGAGUCACUGCCGGGGACCGUGUGAAGAAAGGCUUUGACUUCCAGUGGCCGCAGCCUGACAAGCCGAUGUUCUUUUAUGUCACCCAAGGCCAAGAGGAAAUCGCCAGCUCUGGAACAUCAUAUCUCAACAGAACUGAGGCAGCCAAUGUGGAGAAAAUAACCACCAGGUUGCUGAAGGCCGGAGCAAAACCCGAUCAGAUCGGCAUCAUCACCCCUUAUGAGGGACAGAGGUCUUACCUGGUCCAGUACAUGCAGUUCAGCGGCUCCCUCCAUACCAAACUGUACCAGGAGGUGGAGAUCGCCAGUGUGGAUGCUUUCCAAGGUAGAGAGAAAGACUUCAUCAUCUUGUCCUGUGUGAGGGCCAAUGAGCACCAGGGCAUCGGCUUCCUCAAUGAUCCACGUCGUCUCAAUGUGGCACUCACAAGGGCCAGGUAUGGUGUGAUCAUUGUGGGAAACCCCAAGGCCCUGUCCAAGCAGCCCCUGUGGAACCACCUGUUGAACUACUACAAGGAACAGAAGGUCCUGGUCGAAGGCCCCCUAAACAACCUGAGGGAGAGCCUCAUGCAAUUCAGCAAGCCUCGCAAGCUGGUCAACACCAUAAACCCUGGGGGUCGAUUCAUGAGCACAGCCAUGUAUGAUGCCAGGGAGGCCCUCAUUCCUGGAUCUGUUUAUGACCGCAGCAGCAACGGGCGUACAUCCAACAUGUAUUUCCAGACCCACGACCAGAUUGGUAUGAUUGGCACAGGCCCUAGUCCCAUGACUUCCAUGAACAUCCCUAUCCCCUUCAACCUAGUGAUGCCCCCCAUACCUCCACCUGGGUACAUGGGACAGGUCAACGGACCCACAGCAGGUCGUGGUGGCGGUAUGAAAGGCAAGGCAGGCAGCGGAGGAGGUGGUGGCACUAGAGGUGGCCGUCAAAGAAACCGCGGCAACAUGGGGAACCACAGUGGAGGGAAUGGAGGACAGCAUGGAGGCCAUAUGAGUGGCAGCCAGGCCAGCCAGGACCUGGGCUCCCAGCCCUUCUCCCAGGGGCCUCUGACCCAGGGCUAUAUCAACAUGAGCCAGCCGUCACAGAUGAGCCAGCCUGGGCUCUCCCAGCCUGAACUCUCACAGGACAGUUACCUAGGAGAUGAGUUCAAGUCCCAGAUUGAUGUGGCUUUGUCCCAGGACUCCACCUACCAGGGGGAGCGGGCCUACCAACACGGUGGUGUGACUGGACUGUCCCAGUACUAGACUGUUGCCUGAAAGGAGCUAGGCCUGUGUUAAGCUUAGUUCAUUGGUAUUUUAAUCUGGGUAAUAACAAAAAAGAACAAACAUGGAUACCCGUUUUCCACUGCUACAACCGAAGCACCACUGUGUGAAAGUAACAGGAGAGAGACCGUGAGAAACCAACCAAUCACAAGAGUGAGAGCAAAAAUGGGAGUAGAGCUGGACAGGAAGAGAGCAAGAGAGAAAGAGUGGGAGGCUGGUGGAGGAGCGAAGGCACUGCUGCUCACACGCGAAGACAUGGCGAAGGAGAAAGCUGUCGUCGACGGAGCAGCGCAGUUGGAGAGGCGAGACCUUCGACAGGUCAAGGAGGGUGGAAGGUUCAAACGAUUCUGGAGAGGGGAAGGGGGGAGGGGGGCAACUGUGUCAUCUGGUCCCUCGUAUGCCCCUGAACCCUCGGGGAUCUCCAGGCAGUAUGGUUGGAAAUCUUGCUCCAAAAGCUGAGAAAGAUGGAGAAGAGGUGUCUCACACAUAUGUCCUCCAAGCUAACUCAACAGGAUGUCUUCUGUGACUUGGAGAGAGAGAGAGAGAGAGAGAAAACAAACAGGGGACACAACUCUUGAAGCAGUUGAUAUGGCAACUUUUUAAAACUCAAAGCUUGAAUCGAGGCUCUGCGUUUGGUCACAUCUAAGCAUCUGGGAGAGGAGAGUGUGAACACACUGGCUAUUCGAGUGAACUCAAAAGUGCUUGUGGUGUUGUGCCUCAAAGAGAUCAAAUGAAAUUUGAGGAUCACAUAGGCACAGAUCAUUCACUUUUUUCUCAGCUUUGAGUUGGAAAGUUUUCUUUAAAAAAAAAAAAGAAAAAAAAAAGGCUGUUUUCAUUGAGGUUUUCAGUGAUGUAAGCUAGUGUAGUGGGCUGUCUUUCUCAAGGUGGUCUGCAAAGAACAAGUGGUGGAAUUAGCUCUUGAAAAUAUAUUUUAAAAAAAACAAAAAAAAAAACAGUUUUGUCUCCAGACCUGAGGAGGUGUGCUCCAAGGAUCUGCAGCUAGUGAGACAAUUUUGUUUUUGCUCUUCUAAAUAUAUCUUUUCAGUAGUACAAAAGAGUGAAAGAUAAGCGUCAUAACCUGCUUAUAACAGAAUGAAGCUGUCAUUUUUUUGCCUCAUUCCUGAUUCACUGUUGACCCUGAGGCCUGUAGAGCUAGCAGAGACGGAUCAUCAUCAGCAUAAAGAGCUAAAUGCAUCUAAUAAGCCAAAUCAAGAGGGCAGUACUCCCCAAAAAGUCACAAGUCAAUAAGCAUGUAAACAAUGACAUCAUUUCUUUAUGAUGAGUUUUUCUGUCAGUUGAGUGUGAAGCACCUGAUAAAACCACCCACUACAAAGAAUGAUGAAAACUUGGAAGUGCUUUAGUACAAUUUUUCCCAUCUUUGAACCAAACUUGGUGAUAGAUUUCACCGUGUUGGACUGUGGUGAAAGAUGCAUUUUGGAAAGUCCACUGAUUACCAGUUCAGAGGUUAUAUGAUGUAUGUGCACUACAUUUGGCACAAAAAUAUCAAAUUAUUUAGACACAAUGUAAUUUUUGUUUAGGCUGUAGAUUCUAGAAAAUGCCCUUUCACCUUUUCUUCCUCUAGUUUUUGUUCUUUGUUGUCAUACAAUCUUGAACUUAUAGAAAAGAGUAAAACUGUCACAAGUAGUAGUGCGUCACAUCAAAGACACAACAGUUAGUUAGUUUCGUAACUUUGGUAAACUUUGUGUUUCUGUACUGUGUGCAUGUGUUGUUCUCAUCUCACAUUCUUUGGAAGGACACUUGUGAAGUUUCCACGCAGCUUGUUUUCAUCAGUAUUGGAUCAGGAAGCAGAAGCUUUCCUUGUGAUCCAAACUUUUGACUGAAAUAUCUAGUCAUCAUCAAAAAACAGUGGUGGUUGUCAAGAAUGCAGCCACCUUCACGUUGACCCUAAAAUACUUUAGAUAUUCCCCUAAAAUGUUUGUUUCAUCCAUCAGUUUCACAGAGCACACCUGCUGAAAGUGCUCAGACUGCCAAAGUCAGAAAGAAGCCACAAGGAUUUGAAUGUUUAUGUAAAACAUGUCAUAAAUUCCAUGUUCAUCUUCCCACAAUAAUGAAUUACUAGCAGUUAUAGGUCAUUUUACAGUCAACUCUAACUGUAAUAACUGUGCAAUAGUUGCAUCUCCAUCCUUUACAGGACAUCAAACUGAUAUUUAUAUUCCCUUUCUGUAUGAAUUACAGUAUCUGUAGAUAUUAGAGUUGUUGAACUUUAACAUUGUUUAUUUCUGUGCUGUUAUUUUAUGUAACAUCCUGUCUGGAUGUGGACACCAUUACAUGCUAUCUGCACCUGAUCACUGACAUAUUUCAGGUCUAAUUAUUAAAAAUGUCAUAUUUUAAGGAAACUUAUCUUUUACCAACACAUAUAGUUUUUGCAUGUCCUAUGACUAGACGGUAACUUUUUGAGUUGGAUGUUUUCCUCUAUAUUUGUUGCUGUGAUCAUCUUUAUUUGGCUUUAUUGCUGUUCAGAACUGAAAAUUCUGAAAAUAAAGAUGAAGAAGUUUUGUGUUGGCCACAUGGCUGCUCCAUUUUGUUUUUUCUGCCCACUAAUUGAGGUUGACAGUUAUGAAAAUUAUGCUCACAAAUAUUCUCCUGUUAAUAAUCCUGGAAAAUUAAAGUUUGCUUCUUUUUGCUCCCCUAAGUGACUUCACUGUUUUAUUUCUCUUGUGGGUGAAAAUACUUUUUCUUUACUCAUCACGCAGAUAGAUUGACACGCUGCCUAUUUAUUAAUAUGUGAAGCUUUAUUUUAAUCUAUGUGAGGGCAUGCCAGAACAACUCUUGUUCUAUUACAACUAUAGUCCCUGAAAAAGCUGCAACAUAACUAACUUAAGGCGUCUUUUUCAGGUCAUGACUUUUCCUUCGGGACGAUAUUUCAUUAAGCCUUUAAACUGGCAGCAACAAGCAGACCUAUAAGAUCCAGUUGGCAGUAUGCACACAUGCAGGCUCAUUGGCUGCAGGCAGGUUGACACAGUUUCUCUGCCUCGCUGCCACAUACAGCUGCAGCCGGUGCUCGGAGCCCGUAGAGCCAGCAGGUGGUACUCUGCUGCCGGCUGUGUCAGACUGUUGAAUGCGAGCAGCCGGCUGGAUGAAGAGCUGAAAACUGGAGAGAGGAAAGCUGAGCUCCGACCACCAGGACGGGGUUAGAGAGAGGAAAGAAAGAAAGAAAUAAAGAAGUAGCAGCUGUUUCAUCACUGCCGCAAAAUGCACACAGACGGGACUGCGGUCACUUCAGUCAUCGAGGUCAGCAGCUCUGCCUCCGCCGGGCUUUGACUCUCCGAGCUCCGCAGAGGUGUCCGGCCGGACUCCGGUGACCAGGGCAAGCAGCGCGGUGCUGCAGCAGGCUGUGGUGUGGCGCCUUGCAGUGAACGACCCCCCCUCUGGAGAAUAAAGCAUCUGGAAGCUCAGAGAAAGAGGAGACAGCGGCACUUUCAGCGCGGAAUUCAUCUCAGAAACAACACAAGAAGGUUUCACACCGACAUGGG